AUGUCCAACCAAGGAUACUACCACGGCGGCCCUCCCCCUCCCCCUCAAGCCUACGGCGGCUACCCUCCCCAGCAGGGCGGUUACGAGGGCUAUCCUCCCGCUCAGCAGGGCUACUACCCUCAGCAGCCGGGCUACGGUCCCCCCCCUCCCCAGCAGCCUCCUAUGAGUUACCAGGAGCAGCGGGUAGAUCAGCGGCCGAACAAGAGCGGUGGCCAGGGCUGCCUCGGCGCUUGCCUGGCCACGCUGUGCUGUUGCUUUGUCUGCGAGGAGGGUUGCGAGUGCUGCGCCGACUGCGUCGAGUGCUGCGAGAUGUGCUAA